GAAUCCACGUUCCAUUCAUUCUCUCGCGGGCAUUCCGAACGAUCGGACGGAAGUAGUUGGCGUCGUUUCAUCGCUGCUUUGAAAAGCUCCCAAUUCCGUUCGUCCACGGUGAAAUGAUCAAUUAGCGUCCAAAUUUCCACCCCAAAUCUGGCGGCUGUGCUGUGUGUGUUACAAUCAAAAUUAUAAAUCUGUGUGUGCGUCAACAGACGAUUAGUUUAGUUCAAGUGUGCACUGCUCUGGAACAUAAAAUGGAAUGGAAAAUAGAUCAAAAACGAAAGAACCACCUGUAUGUGUGUUCUGAAUGAGUGAAGAUUGUAGAAAAGAGGAAGAUUUUAACGCAAAAACAUAUAGACGUGUAACUCGCGAUGCGAAGUUUCCCAACACCAGAAAGUGAUUGCGUUGAAGAUGUUCGGCUGAAGAAGGUUCUGAAAAGCAGGUUUCUGUUGUUUGACAAAUUUGAGCCAAAAACUACAUUGUGUACAACUUAAAAAUUGCGAAACACAUUCCAAGCGAAUGAACUGUGAACGUUAGUUGAUCUUUUUCACCCCUGAAAAGCUCCACCGUUGUUAGUUGCCAUUGUUACAAGAAGCACUCUGACGUCGAAGUGAUGGUCAGUGAUUCGUUUUUCUUGUAGUAGGCGUAUUCGGAACGGUGAAGACAUUGCUUGUGGUAUAGUGCAUGUUGCGGUUGUGGACGUGGUUGAACUUGGCGAGUGUUGUAACGGUUAGGUGAUCGGAAACGCGUAUCUGUUGCUGGCUCAAACAAUUCCGCUACCAUUUGCCGCAAACAGUAAACACCCUUGGAGCGAAUAAACGCUCCAUCCGAAUGUGCACACGUUCAGCAAAGCGAGAGACUCAUUUGAGGUGAAACUAACGGAAUAGAUGGUUUAGUGUGCUAUUUGGUGCCAACGAGUUUUGGAGUACAAAAUAAAUCAACGCACCCAGCAGGCGAGGCGUAGUGUUUCGAAGAACGAACUUGUUAGGGUGCAGAUUAGGCGAGGUUGUACUCGUUAAGCUUCUCUAUUAGUGGAAGCUUGUAACAGAAGUACAAAGUUUGAUACGAUUCAUCAUAAACGUAUACUAGUAGCCAACGCUGGUUUCGAAGGCGGUCCGAUAUCAGUUACUGGCAGCUCUCUGAAGUUUUGUGAAGAAAAACACUGGGAGCCCCAAGCAGGUGUAUCGUAUCUGUUCGUAAGGCACACAGAUUAUGGGAAAAAGUGUCGAAAAUGAUGUCUUUGAAUUUAAUCAACUCUGGACACAGUAGCAGUAGUCAAAGAACGCCGCGAACUCCGCAAACACCGAACGGAGGCCCUGGUUUAGGAUCACAGCGCCAAGGUGGUGGGGUAGGUGGUGGACUUAGCCCAAAGACGCCACCCGUUUCACCAGAAUCGCCAAUCAACAGUUAUCUGGAUGAUGAUCUAGAUUCGCUUCACAGCUACAGCUCGGUGGCUAGUGGUAUGUCGUGUGAUCAUCCGUACGUGGCACGAAACGGGACCACCUUCAGUGGUCGCAAGAUGAAGUACGUGGUACACUGCUCGAGCCAUGCCGGGCAAACUGGGGGCGACUAUCUGACACCGACGCAGCGCGCCCAGCGUCAGAUUCGCCGGCUCAAGGAACUGCUAUCGCAGGCUCGUUGCGAUCUGGAGCAGCGUGACAGCGAGAUCUUGCGGCUCACGAAGGAGGUGGUAGAGCUGCGACUGUUCAAGGCAUCGCUUAGCUCCCCGGAGGAGCGAAGCAACUCGAGCGAUGCGGUAACGGUACGGGAAAACACCACAAACGAUGUGAAUACACCCAGCUCGAGCCAGGACAUUUCGCCCAUCGUCGAUCAGAUCGACGAGGGUGUCGUGAAGGCGAGUCCUCGGCACCAUCAUCACCAUAUGCAGGCAGGCAUUCAUCAGGUGCAGUUCAUUGACAAGUUGUCAACGUCCGAGAUGCAAAGCUCGUUUGCCGAUUCUGGUCACUUCGAAGACAUAACGACGUCUUCGAUUCACUCGAAGGACUCAUACGUACACACGCAGGACCGUGCGUGCGGAAGCGAUGAAGAUAUGGACGCUGAGAAGAAGCGUCUCAUUGCACUGUACGAGGAACGCAUCGAGGAACUGAUUAAGCAGCAUCAAACAGAAGAGCAGCAGCUGCGAACGUCGAAUAACGAUCGGUUCGAGGUACUGCUCCAGAAGCUGGCCGAGUCCAACACACGUUAUUGCGACUUGGUACCGGACUAUGAGCAAGCUAAAGAGCGCAUUCGGGAUCUAGAGAAGCAGCUGGAAAAGCUACAAGCUCAAUUGCAGGAGCAGGAGGAUAAGGCGAACAAGAUGUAUCUGCAUAUGUACACCAAGGGGCAAGAGGCAGAACGGCAGGAACAAGCCGACCGUGUUAGUGACAUGGCUCACGCUUCGCCUAGCCGCGUUUCUAUACCAGAACUGAUGCAGCAGCUCCAGGUUACGCAGGAUGAACUGGAAAACAUUAGGGAUACGAACUAUCAGCAAGAAAAUGGCGGUACGCAGGUUUUACUGAGCGCAAAAGAAGCAAUCUCACUCUGGCUUCUCGGUGCCCGUAAGACCAUGUACAAGCGGUUGAUUGACGCUCAACAGACGAAAAACAAAGUCGAUCCCGAGGUGACGCUGCAGUUCCUGAAAAGCGCUAUUUACUACUUCCUGACGGAUAAGGAAAAUUCACAGGGACAUUUGAAUGCCAUUGAAAGCAUUCUAGGAUUCUCCGACGUAGAACGCUCUAACAUCGAUAAGGCUCGAGCGUACAAGUAGAAUCGUUUAGUGCACUGCAAUCUUAGUCUAUGCUAAUAGAUAAACAAAAACACAGAUUAACGAAAAAUACAGCAUUGCUAUGUUUUAUCAACACACAAACACAAAACCACAAAAAUAUGUAGGCAACACAAGCAUAUUUGUAGAUAAAAUUUUAAUGUCCUUUGAAGCUGUUAAUGAGUCAUGAACGGAGACGAUUGAUUUAUAAUGUUCGGCGAACUGAUUGAGGAAAAGGAUGAAAAGGGCCUAUUACUUACUUCUGCAUUGUUGCAUUGCAUUGCAUUCGCGAUACAGAGUAAUACACGAUAAACGAAGGAGGAUACGGAUAAAUGAAUAGUACUUUAAGCAUGGUCAAAAAUGAAUUCGAGACAACGUAGAACAAUGUUCAGCACUGUGAAGACGUAACAGAGUCGAUUUAAGGCAUUCUAUUGAGUUCCUCUGCUCUUGGUUUAAUAUUUAUUCCACAAAGAAAUGUACCAGUCCUGGGUUUUGGGAUCAUUGUAUCAUCAAAAUUUUUAUUGUACACGGUGCAAUGAUGUUUUUGCAUUGAAUUCUGUUUAAUACAAAGAUAGAUGAGUGGUUGAUUUUGUUUGUUUUCUAAAAUAAAACAAAGAACUAUUCUCUGCCAUCCACAUUUUGAUAACACCAUAGAGAUGAGAACAGAUAAACUCAAUAGACUUGUUAUCCGUAGAGCUUCAGAGAAAUUUAUCAGUAUGUUGGCGCUUGAAGAUAGAUAUGAAAAUACGCAUACGUCCAGAUGGAGCAGCUUUCAAUGCAUUAGAUAAGUAAUUUAGCUAUCACCAAAAAUAUAAUAAUAUCCCAGUGGUCUCUAAGCGUUGGCCGAGAAACAAAUUGCAAGUUAUUUACUCCUUUAUUUGUGAACUGUAAGAAUUUAUACAUUUUUGCAAAAGCCACAUGCUCCUCGAUACGUUCUUUACUAAGGUUGUUGUGAAUGAUGGCAGUGAUUUCACGGAAAGUUAGUCCUUGCUGUGCUGUAGUGCCUCAACCAAGCGUUUGUGCAUGGGAAAGGAUUUUUGUUAGUGUGUGCUUUAUACAGCGUCAAUGGUAUGUUGGGUAAUACCAUUCUUAAUCUGCACGACAUGUUUUGUAUGAUGACAUGACAAAGAGAGAAAUAACAUGGAGUCGAUGUUGUGGACGAUAGAAAAUUAUACAAGUGUUCUGAUAAAUCUGCUGACUACAAUUGGGAGAUAUUCUUACAUUACUUACCGAAAAUAAAACUAGGAAACGUUA